AUGUAUAACGCACUUUACUUUAACGGGACUUGCUAUAGCAGUUUUCGCAUCAAUAAACGUGAAGUGGUGCAUGACGACCGAAGCAUGUCUCGACCUUACGGGGUCGGUGGCCGAAGCUUGGGUGGCCGCGACAAGGACAAUAAGCUCGAUAACAACAAGUAUGAGUCGCCAAACCCGCGGAGAAACCACACUUUCAUGCACGCCGAAGACAUUCAAUCCGGCAAGAAGAGCAAGUGGACCGAGCUGGAAAUAAAGGGAUUUGUGAGGAAUAUUUCCCCAUCGCUCUGGCAGUUCACCCAUUUGACCGCGCUUUACCUUAACGACAAUGGACUACAACGUUUGCCGGUGGACAUCUGCCGACUUGUGCAUUUGGUGUAUCUUGAUGUUUCAUCGAAUAAACUCCGUUCACUGCCGAACGAACUUGGUGAUCUCGUGCAGUUGAGGGACCUACUUUUAAACAACAAUCUACUUCAUAGUUUGCCCUACGAGCUGGGCCGUCUUUUCCAACUGACAACGCUGGGCUUGAAAGGAAACCCACUUUCGCCUGAUAUCUUGUCGAUCUACUCGGAGUUGAAUGGAACUCAGAAACUCCUCACCUAUCUGCUGGACAACUUGCCGCCUAUCGCCAGCGGGACGCCCGCUCGGGAGUGGGUUCAAAAGGGUCCCGAAUGCCCGCCGGCGAAAUCUCCGCUGGCACAAGUGUCAGUCAUGUGUUACAACGUGCUCUGCGAUAAGUAUGCCACGCGAAAUAUGUAUGGCUACUGCCCCUCGUGGGCCCUGAGCUGGGAAAACCGCAGGAAAGGCAUCAUGCUGGAGAUAAAGAACUGCGAUGCGGACAUAAUCACGUUGCAGGAAGUAGAAACGGAUCAAUUCUACAACUACUUCGAGCCCGAACUGAAGAAGGAUGAUUGGGAAGGAAUUUUUUCCCCCAAGUCUCGUGCUAAAUCGAUGAGAGAAGCCGAAAGGAAGCGGGUUGAUGGCUGCGCCAUUUUCUACAAGACUUCAAAAUUCUCUGUCCUCGACAAACAUCUCGUCGAGUUCAACCAGCUCGCCAUGGCGAACGCUGAGGGUUCUGACGAUAUGCUGAAUCGGGUCAUGACGAAAGACAACAUCUCCCUGGCAGUUCUGCUCCAGAUGAAGAAAUUCCCUGAACAGCCACUGCUUGUCUGCACCGCCCACAUUCACUGGGAUCCAGAAUACUGCGACGUGAAACUGAUCCAGACGAUGAUGCUCAUGCGUGAGCUCCAAACGAUCCACGAAAAGAGCAAAACUCUAUCGAAGUGCGAGGAUAUUCCGCUGAUUCUCACGGGCGACUUGAAUUCGUUACCGGACUCCGGCGUAAUCGAGUUCCUGCGGAACGGUCGAAUCGCCUGCGAUCAUCCGGAUUUCAAGGAUCUGAAUUCAUACAGGUCCUGCCUCAAGAAACUCAUGGUAGAGAACAGCCCGCUCGUCGGAAACGCUUACACUCAUCCGUUCGUGCUGGAGCAGGCCUACGCCGAUACCGACAUGCCCUAUACCAACUACACGUUCGAUUUCCAAGGCAUGAUCGACUACAUAUUCUUCACGAAAAAGCACCUCUCCUGCAGUGCUAUCUUGGGUCCCGUGGAUAGCGAUUGGCUGGCCGAGCAUAAAGUCAUCGGUUACCCGCAUCAAUGCGUGCCCUCAGACCACAUUCCGCUUGUGGCUCAGUUGCAGAUUUCCCAUCAAUGAGAACCGCAGAAGACGCCGUUCAGAAUCGAUUCGCUCAGUGGUGCGAGCAUCGAAUGACUCUGAUCGAGCGACCGACCGACCCCGAAUAAAUGACCGACCGACCGACCGACCAAUCCAGCAGCAAGGAAACAAACAAAUGAAAACCGACCCCGAAACCGAUUUUAAACUGACUGAGUGAACGACCGAUCGAACAGACUCAGCCAAUCAGCAAGCAAGCGAGCGAGCAAGCGAAAAAACGAUUCCGCGGCCUCUCCACUGCACUUUAACCUACACUAAGAUUCCAACAACAAAUUCGAUAAACGACCCCCUACUG